AGAAAAAGAAGAAGAAAAAGAGACAGGCAGAGAGAGAUAGGGAGAGAAAGAGGAAGAAAAAGGGAACUCGCGUUCUUGUUUAGUCUCUACAGUUCAUUCAUCGAUGAACUUCUGGAAUUUUUCUAUUCGCACUUGAUAUUGAAGCUCUAUCUGAAAUUCCACCAUAAUGAGUGAAAAGGCUCGUUUGAAAUGCACCGUCUACGUGGGGGGUCUCGACCAGGCGGUCACCCUGCAGACGCUGGCCGAGGCGUUUGUGCCCUUUGGAGAGCUGGUUGAUAUUACGCUGCCCAAACCCGAUCUUCCCAACUCGAAUGAGGUGCAUCGUGGAUUUGGGUACGUCGAGUUUGACCUCCCGGAAGAUGCGAAGGAAGCGAUCGACAAUAUGGAUGGAAGCGAGCUGUAUGGACGGACGAUUCGAGUUGCUGCUGCCAAGCCACAAAAGGACAGCAACGAAGGGCUAGGGAGUAAAACGGCCAUUUGGGAACAGGAGGGUUACUUGGCCAAAUACGCCGUCAGCGAGGAAGACAAGCAGGCGGCCGACGAGACGAAAAUGGCAGACAGCAACGGUCCCCAGGACCCCAUGCAAGGACUGGAAGAGCUAGACGUUGCCGGCCCCAAACCAGAAUGA